GCACAAUCAAAGCUGUUCCAUAUCCUGCGCGCUGUGACAGCUACGCGAAAACGUAAGAGGGAUGUCUCAAACACGCUUCGACCAACUCAAAGUGUCUCGAAUCUCAGCCGAACUGCAAGCAGGCACGACGUGGAUUCACAGGGUGGUCAAAAUGCACUCGUGUAUGUUUUAACUCGUUGGUGGGGCAUGAAACACUCCGAUGCUGUUGACCUCGCCGCACUUGAUAUUCAAGAGGUAUUUUGGGCAAAGUGUGUGGCACAAUCAGCGGUUAAUUCGCCAUCUCACGAGAUGUUAGCUGAAGGAAUUGGCUUGCUACCUCCCGCUGUGGCUGGUACGUUAAUGACGCAGAAAGAUAACCCCAAUAAACCUCCUCAAUGUUCCUUCAGCGAUGUAGCUUUCCCGGACUUACUAUCAACCUCAGCCGUUUCUCAUAACGUGACAAUCGCACUCGCAGAGGAGUCAUUGCAGGUUAUAAAAAGGAAUGAAAGAACAACUUAUUUACUACUCGUCUCGCUACGCCGCAUCCUCAUACAUUCUGGUCUGCAAGCUGCUAACGAAAAUUGGAGCGAUUCUUCUAUUUGUCAGUUCAUACUCGUUUCAUUGAAUGAUAAAUCACGUAAAGUUCGUCUGGCGGCUGGACGAGCUGCUCACGCUAUUAUUAUUGCCCAGGAGGCCGCCUUGAGUAAGAAGCUCAAAGGUCUGACUCAUUUCAAACAGAAUAUUCUGUUUGAUAGAUUCGAUCAGCUUCUUCAAAUGAAGGACCCUCAGGUUGCCGAGACAGUAUUAGUUUCUGUCACUCUCAUCGGUCGUUCUAUCCCCAUCGAACGUAUUUACCGGUGUUUGAUUUGCCUCUUUACAAUGCUCGGUAAUAUGAACCCUCUAUUGCGAAGUCUAGCAUAUAUUCAGCUUAACACCCUCGCUGAACAUAACUCAACGACUAUGUACAAAGUCUGUAGUCCACAUUUACCCCAACUGGCUGUGUUCCUUGUCAUGAACAUGCUUACAGCACCACACAUGCUGACUGAUGCUAUGUCUCUCCUUGGAUUCCCAGAUCCAAAAGCAUUCCUCCACCAAACUUUACGAUACACACUCCCAUCAUUGAUUGCCGAGAGCAAGAAGAACAUUCUUCUUGCAAUUGCGCGCACGCUCGGACAACCAGUUCAGCCACUUUGUUUGGAAUACGUCGAGCACAUCCUCGCUCAUCUCUAUCUACGUGAAGGACCGGAGCGCGACUUGGGGAUACAGCUCUUCUUGGAUGAAUUUCAGGGCUCGAAGAAGAAAAUUAACCUUUCGAGCGUCAUUAUCAGUUGCGGUCCUUCAUUGCUCGCGUCCCUGGUUAUGGCUCUCGGUGAUCCAAAUGAAGCUAUCGCGAGAACUGCCCUUGACUCUAUUGAUAGCAUCGAAGAGACAAUCGCUGAGGCCGAGAAUCGCAGGUCGAAAAGCAAAAGGCAGAAGCAUCCCGAUACUAUAAAUGGGAGUUUCCUCCGAAAUCACAUCCUCGGUAUUAUGUCUAUCAUCUCUGACAAUCUUAAUGAUGUACAAGGUAGACGGUCACCUGAGGAGAAGGCCAAAAUUAUUACGAGUUUGGGCGUUUUGAUACAGAAAAUUGGCCCAGGUGUCGUGUCAGUCUCUCCACAAAUUAUGGCCCUUUUGCAAGGUUUCCUCGAGAUCGACAACCUUCGUUCUGUGACAUUGGACAGCUUGCGAGCCUUUAUCACAACGCUGACAUUCAAAGAUCUCGGUCCAUAUAUCGGCAGAACGGUAGCUAGUUUCGUCGGCAAUUGGAGCGCCUACACUCCAGUAGAGGCUGAGAAAGCAAAGGAGAUAUUGGAUUACAUGAUAGAAAACGCUAGAGAUAUGUCCGACAAUGCUGCAGAAAUGCUAGAUAUGAAACAUAUACCAGACCUCGUCGAACAGCAAAAGAAGUUGCAUUCCUUGCGUUCUCAUUGGACGUUUAAAGAUUAUUUGGAAAACAUACUCCAGAGAGCAAGUAAUGAGAACUCUCGUGUGCGUCUACACAGUUUGAUAGAAUUGAAAGAAUUCAUUAAGAACAACAAGCCAAGGUUUAAGGAUCUGACAACUGGUGAUGUCUUUGAUCCAAUUGUAGGUAAUCUCCUUAGAGUUACACUCGCGGCAGCCGAUAGGAGUGGCGAUUUGCAGCAUCAGAUACAGAAUGCAGCAUUUGACUGUGUUGGUACCCUAGGGGCUGUCGAUCCUGACAGAAUUGAGCUACAACAAGAAGAGAAGACUAUGAUUAUAGACAAUAAUUUCGAAAAUUAUGACGAGAAUGUAAAAUUCGUCAUGUCUUUGAUGACAAAUGAACUGGUUGGAGCGUAUAGAUCAACAAGUGAUAGUCGAGCACAACAAGAUCUAGCAUAUGCCAUACAGGAGUUGCUCAAAUUCUGUGGCUUUAAACCAGAAUUGCUCCAACGAGAAGAUAACAGCUUACCUGCGAAGGUGAAACAACGUUGGGCAUCGUUCCCUGGUCAGGUUCUCGAAACACUCUCAACAUUGCUUACUGAUGGGCGAUAUAUUGCGCGUGAACCUAAGCGCAGACCAUUGGAGUAUCCUAUAUACACCAAAUGUCAGUCUUAUUCGGAAUGGCUGAGGUUAUGGACAACUGACCUUAUUUGGAAGACACGAGGAAAACAGGCAUCAGCAAUCUUCAGUGUCUUCAAACCUGUAGUUCGCAACCAGGAUGUCGGCGUGGCGAGGUAUAUCUUACCCUACCUCGUCCUUAAUGUGCUCAUUACUGGCGAAGAUAGCGAUAGGAAGGAGAUGUCGCUAGAGAUUACAGAGAUACUUAGCGACCAGAUUAAAGGCAAGGAUGAUUCGACAUUCCAAGAUAAACGCUUGCUUAGUGCUCAGACCAUUUUCGACUUGAUGGACCAUCUCGGUAAAUGGACGCGAAAGCAAAGGAUAAACAUGCAGCCAUUUCAGAAGUUGGCUACGCGACAGCGUCCUCAACGGGGUGGCACGGCUACUCUGACGACCCAUCAGCAAUCCCAGCUAGACAUGUAUACGCACAACCUCAACCAGGUAAACCCACUUAUCCAAUCCAUCGAUGCGGACCUUCUCGCACAUGCUGCCUUGAGGUGCAGGUCGUACGCCCGCGCUUUACUUACUUUCGAAAAACGCAUUUUCGAAAUAAGGCCGAAGGGAGAUGAAGAUAAUCUACAACUGUAUUAUGAGCAUCUACAUGAAAUUUAUGCCAGUCUGGAUGAGCCAGAUGGUAUGGAGGGUGUAUCUACUCAAAUUAUUGCACCUUCACUCGAACACCAGAUUAGAGAGCAUGAGAGCACGGGUAGAUGGACGGCUGCCCAAAGUUGUUGGGAGGUUGAGUUGCAGAAGCGACCAGAUAAUUUAGAUCUUCAUGCUGGUUUGCUUCGCUGUUUGAGAAAUCUAGGACAUUACGACACGCUAGGAACUCAUAUCCGAGGCGUGCUUAGUAGUCAUCCUGAAUGGCGCGAAGCUCUUGGUAGUUUCCAGACCGAGGGUGCUUGGAUAGUUGGUGACUGGCAGACUGUCCGGGAGAACGUCCGAAAUGGUCUAGCGAAGUACUCGCCUGAAUAUGCGCUCGCGAAAGUGCUUCUAGCUAUGCAUGAUAAUGACCUCCAGCGCUUUCCAGCUAUUCUUCACGACGCACGCCAGCACCUUGGUACCCCUAUCAUUGCAGCUGGUCGUGAUGGUUAUCGACGCGCAUAUGAUUCUGCAUUACACCUUCACAUGGUGCACGAACUCGAGAUGAUUGCACAAACUAUAACGCAUUUCUCAAAACUGACAGUGUCAAAUCAACCAGAAACUGCCCAAAUGGUGGCCGCGAGAUUGACUACUAUGCUGGAUGAGAGGCUGGGUGUCACAAUGCCUACUUUCAAAUCCCGUGAACCACUACUGAGUUUGCGCAGGAGUGCUAUUGGUACGUCAGCACAAUCGCAGGUGUGGGCAAAGAAUGAAGUUGGUGCACUCUGGUUGAGCUCAGCAAAGACAGCUAGGAAGGCGAACCACUUCCAGACUGCAUACAGUGCUAGUUUACAAGCAGAUCAGCUUGGCACACCAUUCUCAUUCAUCCAGGCGGCCAAAUUGAUUAGGGCUAAUGGCGAACAAGAUAAAGCACUCAGAGAACUAGAUGCCGGUUUAUCAUACCAAGUUCCGAAAUUGAUGCUCAAAGAAUCGCUCAAAGAAUCUACGAAUGAUAGCAAAUUCAUCGAUCUCACGAAUGAAGAUGAUAAUUCGACUACACAGUCUGAUUUCAACGUCAAAUAUACUAAUUUGAAAGCGAAAGGUCUUCUUCUCAAAGCUCGUUGGAUUUCUGAAGGGGAUAGGAUGGACUUUAACGAUGUCGUCAGUCACUUUACUGAUGCAAUCAAGGUGUCCAAAACCCGAGAGCAACCUUAUUAUGAACUUGGCCAUUACUACGAUAAAACAGCGAAAGAGGAUGCAUCUUCUGACCAAGUAUAUGCUACAGCAAUAGGAUUCACUAUCAGACAUUAUUCACAAGCUUUAUAUUAUGGUACAAAAUACAUCUACCAAACUAUGCCUAGAAUGCUAACAUUAUGGAUGGAUUUCGGUGAACGUCCUGAUAUUCUACUAUCUGAUGAAAGUCUAGCGAAACCAAGUAAAAAUGAUAAGAAACAUAGUAUUUGGACGAUGUUUGUCCAUAUACAUGGGCAAAUGCAAAAGAAUUUGGAAAGAUUGCCUUCCUAUGCUUGGUACAUUGCAUUCGCGCAGAUAGUAUCACGUAUUGGUCAUAAAAAUAAAAGCGUUUUGAGUAUCUUGGAUAAAAUAAUGAUGAAGGUCCUCAAAGAACACCCACAGCAAGCUCUUUGGGCUAUAGUUGGUAUGUAUAAUUCUACCAAAGCAAAUCGAUCAGAAAGAUGCAAGAAGAUUGUAGCAACGGUUCAGAAGCACAAUGAGACACCUGAGAACCGUAAUAUCAUCAGGGAAGCUCUCACAUUGGUUAAUGAAAUGUUGUCAUUGUGCAACAAAUCUGUUAAUCAAGAUGAAUGGACUAUACACUUGAACAAGAGUUUUCCGAAAAUGGUUAAUCUUGCUCCAAUGAACUUCAUAUUACCACUGCAAUCUUCAAUGACAGUCACAUUGCCAGCGACCAAUAAGCAUAGUAACUCUCACCAACCAUUUCCAGACAAACCAGUUAGGAUUUAUAAAUUUGUUGAUGAAGUAGAGUUGAUGCGCUCGUUGGUGAAGCCACGCAAAGUUACGAUCAUUGGUGAUAAUGGCAUAGAAUAUAACUUCUUAUGUAAACCUGACGAUGAUCUCCGUAAAGAUGCAAGACUGAUGGAUUUCAAUUCGAUGAUCAACAAAUUCCUCAAGUCGAACUCUGAAGCGAGAAAGCGGUCACUUGGAAUACGAACAUAUACUGUUAUACCACUCAAUGAAAGAUGCGGCUUGAUCGAAUGGGUAAAGGAUACGCGUACAUUCAGGUCAAUCUUGAUUGAAAGAUAUGAAUAUAGGGGCAUAAAAUGGUAUAGUCCUGACAUUGGAAAUAUGCUUGAACGUGGUCGAACAAAUGGACCUGAGCAGACUAUUCACAUGUUCGCACAAGUCCUCAAACGCUACCCUAAAGUUUUCCAUGAAUGGUUUAUUGAAAUGUUCCCUGAACCUUCUGAAUGGCUCAAGGCUAGGAUGACGUACAGUAGAACGUUAGCUGUAAUGUCAAUCACCGGAUUCGUGUUGGGAUUAGGUGAUAGACACUGCGAGAAUAUUCUACUUGAUAAGAACAAUGGAGCUGUUCAACACGUUGAUUUCAAUUGUUUGUUCGAGAAGGGAUCACAAUUCGAAGUACCAGAAAGAGUACCAUUUAGAUUGACGCAUAAUCUGGUAGACGGUUUAGGAGUCACAGGAACCGAAGGUAUAUUCAGAAAGGCAGCUGAAGUCACGAUGGAGAUUCUUCGAGCUAAUCGUGAUUCAUUGGGUAGUGUAGUCGAGUCUUUCCUCCAUGAUCCACUAGUAGAUUGGGAAGACGAAAAGAGAAGAAACGAUAGGUUAAGAGCAAUGGAGAAAUCUGGUAGAAGACCAGUAGGCACAUCUAGAAAAGCGACUGGAUUCGAUCAAGACGUAGACGGACAAGCUUACAUCAAACAGCUUGCGAUGUCAGCACUCGGCCCUAUCGAAAGAAAACUACAGGGUUUGCAAACAGAGCACGAUAAGGCUAACAAAACUGUCAUGUCUACUUCUGCUCAAGUUGAGAAGUUGAUAAGAGAAGCAGCUUCACCAUAUAAUUUAGGUGCAAUGUAUGUCGGUUGGGCACCGUGGUUGUAAUAUUUGUUGUUAUAUAUAUUUAUUUAU